GAAAGGACAAUGAGAGGUAUGCAGGGUGCUCUUAUUAUUGCCUCUUGCUUCCAGAUGCUUAUUGGCUUCUUAGGAUUGUGGAGAAAUGUUGUAAGGUUUCUUACCCCUCUUUCUAUGGUUCCUCACAUGACUUUUACUAGACUUGGGCUAUACUAUCUUGGUUUUCAAAUGCUGCCAAUGUGUGUCGAAAUUGGGAUCCCCGAGCUAAUUCUAAUGGUUAUCUUCUCACAGGCAAGUUAUUGUGGUUUGUCAACUGCUCAAUGAUGCAUUUGAGAAAGUUUCUUGGUUUUUCGUGUAAAUGCUUCACUCUGAAGCAAAGUAACUGUACUAACUGACUUUCCUUAUGCAACGGAAAUUUGUGAGAUGAUUUUGCAGUAUCUUCCCCAUUAUGCAAAAGCAAAAACAAAGAGACGUGUGUGUGAUCGAUUUGCACUUCUGUUCUUUGUUGCAUUUGUAUGGGGCUAUCCGCAAGUUCUCACUUCAAGUGGUGCAUAUCAUAACGCUUCUACAGCCACUCAAGCUAGUUGUCGCACUGAUCGCGCUGGCCGCAUUACUGGAGCUCCUUGGUAAUAUCUAAUCAUUUUUCCCACCUAUUUUUUUAUUUUUAUGAUAAGAACUAGAUUGGAAUCCCAUAAGCUUUGUUUGUUUAGUCCUAAUGCAUCUGAAAAGUUUGCAUUCUUCUUAAUAACAUGAGCCAAACUAUGAAAGGACUCAUUAUUGGAGCUUCUUGAUAAGGAGAGGUUAUUGAGUGCU